UUUUAACAUUCAUAGAUUGUCAGUGAAUCAAGUGAGUCAAGUGAAAAAAUGAACUUGCAUAAUGGCUCAAUUCAAAUAACAGAAUUUGUUAUCGGGGGGUUUGAGGAGGUUGGAAGACAAAUGGAAAUAGGUUUGGUGAUAUUAAUUGUUUAUGUUUUACUCAUGUUAGCUAAUACUCUCAACAUAGUCUUUGUCAUUUUAGACAAGAAACUACACAAACCAAUGUAUCUUCUGAUUUGCAAUUUGGCUGUUGUUGAUAUGCUGUAUAGUACAAGUUCAUGCCCAACUAUGAUUGGUGUAUUAUUGGCUGGUGUCAAUACAAUAUCCUAUGCGGCAUGUUUGAUUCAAAUGUUCAGCUUUCAGGUAGCUGAAACGAUGGAACUGUUUGCUUUGGCUGUCAUGGCUUUCGAUCGCUUGAUUGCCAUCUCUUUUCCAUUGAGGUAUCAUAGCAUACUAACAAAUGUUCGUACCAUAGCAAUAACAUAUUUCCUUUGGGUCGCUGCCUGUGGCUUUGUCACUCUUAUGCCUGUGCUUUUGAUACCAAUGCCUUACUGUUUUAACCGGUUACGCUAUUCUUUCUGUGAUUUCCCGGCUGUUGCCCGAACCUCUUGUCUCAAUCCUUCAUAUUACUUUAAUUUGGCCACCAUCGUAUGGUUCUUUUUAUUAUUUUUCACCUUUGGUUUCAUUUGCAUAUCUUACGUGUGGAUUAUAUCUGUUGUUUUGAGGUCAUCUAAGAAUGAGAGUAGAAAGGUGCUCAGUACAUGUUUCAGUCAUAUGCUUGUAGUAGCGUGUUACUACGUACCAUUGUUUGUGCGUAUUGUUUUCACCAGAAUCGGCCUGGUGUUGACGCUGGAGGAACGACAAGGUUUAAUGAUUGGGGCCAUUCUUGGUCCAUCUCUUUUAAAUCCCUUUGUGUACUGUUUAACAACUAAAGAAAUAAAAAACAAGUUGUUCGGUAUAUUCAAGAAAGUAAAACAAAUACAAUAGGAUUGCAUUUUUUAAAUGCAUCUGCUAUCGCUGUAUCUUGUAUCUUGUAUCUUAUCUUAUCUCAUGCAUAUCUCACUUGCGAUACAAGAUUUGUUUGCAAAUAAAAUAGUCUAUAGUGCUGUCCAAAGAAAAUGCACCCUGUCAGAUUUUCUCCAAGCUGUUUUUUGAAGUGUGCAUUAAAUGUAAAUAAAGAUUAUUUACAGAAGAUGCUCUGAUUUUGAAUUGUUUUAGUACUUAAAAAUAUAUAAAGA